ACUUCCACCGGGGGAGUGGGGGGAAUUCGCCAUUCCCGCUCUGACAGGCGGGGCCUGUAGGAAGCGGAAGUGGGGCUGGAACGGAAGUGGAACGGCAUAGAAUCCGCAGCAGGAGAGGUGACAGAGAGGAAGUUGUGCUCGCCCUGAUCUCUAUCGAACCGUUAUCACCGGACCGCAGCUCUCAGAACUCAUCAUGGACAAGUCUGAACUGGUACAGAAGGCCAAACUAGCUGAACAGGCUGAGCGCUAUGAUGAUAUGGCUGCAGCCAUGAAAGCUGUGACCGAACAGGGAGGCGAGCUCUCUAAUGAAGAGAGGAACCUGCUUUCUGUUGCCUACAAAAAUGUUGUAGGUGCUCGCCGUUCCUCCUGGCGUGUGAUCUCCAGCAUUGAGCAAAAGACUGAGGGCAAUGAGAAGAAGCAACAGAUGGCACGAGAAUACCGUGAAAAGAUUGAGGCAGAGCUAACAGAAAUCUGCACAGAUGUCUUGGAACUUCUGGACAAGCAUCUGAUUGCCAGUGCCACACCACCGGAAAGCAAAGUUUUCUACUUGAAAAUGAAAGGGGAUUAUUAUCGGUACCUUUCUGAAGUAGCAUGUGGAGAUCACAAACAAGGUACUGUAGCAAGCUCUCAACAGUCUUAUCAGGAAGCUUUUGAAAUUAGUAAAAGCGAGAUGCAGCCUACACAUCCAAUUCGACUUGGUCUGGCUUUAAAUUUCUCAGUGUUUUAUUAUGAAAUUCUUAACUCUCCGGAAAAGGCCUGCAGUCUAGCAAAAUCAGCAUUUGAUGAGGCGAUAGCUGAACUGGACACAUUGAAUGAGGAGUCAUACAAAGACAGCACUCUUAUCAUGCAGCUACUAAGGGACAAUCUUACACUAUGGACCUCAGAACAUCAGAGUGAGGAGGCCGAUAACGUAGAGGGAGACAACUAACUGCCACGCAUCAAUUUUUAUUUUUUAGUUUUUUGGGUUUUUUUUUCACCGUCACUCUGUAUUGUAUAUCCCUUUUUGUGCAACCAGUAAAGAGAAUAGUACAUCGACUUUCACAACCUCCGUGUAGCAGAACAAUUUGUGGAUUAAGGAAAAUUGCAGGUGUCUUACAGGAGAAAUGCAUGCCAACUUUUAUGUAUAUAUGAUAUUUUACAUUUAUAUCAUAUAUGAUUUAAAAAAUGUAAUUGUCUUCAUUUUUAACUGAACACUGUGAUGACGGGGUUUUGUUACUAAAAAUCUAGAUUUUUUUUUUUUUUUUUCCAUUUAUUCAAUAUUUACAGCCUAUUUUAGGACAAAGUCGAAGUACAAUUCUGCACCUGUUUUACAGGAUGUUAGUGACCAUACUGUAACCUUUGGAAUGGAUUGGGUUCAUACCAUGGUGUUUUGGGGUUUUCCUGUAACGAUUAUAUAUUUUGAUUGAUCUAAAUGCUACAUAUUGAACCUAAUUUGUAAGCCUGAAUAUAAUCGAGUCUUGUUUUUUGAAUAUUUAGUCAUGUUGAGUUUUUGAAUUGGUGUUAUGCUCACUUUUGCCACUAUAUAUGUAAAAGGAAAAAAUUAGUUUUUAUUAUACACAUCAGGGGCUCAAAACAAAAACAUACUGUAAAAUACAAUUAUAUUGGUUAUCGUUGCUAAUAUAAUAAUGACUGUCAGAUUCUAAAGGAAAUAAUGUAUGUUUAUGGUCUUCCCAUCAUUAUAAUACUAGUCAUUAGUUCUAUCUUUUUGGCCACAGUAUUUUAACUGUUUACAUUUUUUUGUUUUAAUUAAAGCAAUCACAUAUUGUUCUGCUUGCCCAUCCUGGUGAAUUUUCCAAAUUUUCAGUCUGUUAAACUCAUUACCUACGCAUGGCCUAGUUUGGGUUAGAUCCUUAAUCAAAAAGUUCUGUGUAUUUAUACACCGUUUGUCACUUUGCUUUCUACUAAUCUGAUGAAGAUCUUGAUAAAGAAAAUAAGUUAUUCAUGAAAAAUAUUCUAGAUAUACUUUUUUUUUUUUUUUUUUUUUUUUCCCCCAGUAACAAAUUACAUUGUUUAAUUGUAUUAAUGCGCAGAGUACUGUAUUUAGUUAGUCACUGUUUAGGGUGUCACAGCAUUAUUCUGACUUUUACAUUCCUCUUGGCUGUAUCUUUUCUCAAUGUCGGUCUGUCUGCUUAAAGGCAACAUUCAUGCACUGAUCUUUAAAUCUCUGAACAAAACAUACAGUUAAUACUUGCGCUUUAUAAAUGCAGUAGUGAAUGUGGAACUGAGCCUGUCUGUAUAUCUGGUAGCUCUUUAUUUUUUUAUUAUUAUUAUUAUUGCUUUGUUUUUACUGACCAGUAUUCUGCCUAAGAUUUGCUUCUGUGUUGGUUUGAUUACCUAGCACACACGUGGUUGUGAAAAUGUAGUCUAGCGGAAAAAAAACGAAAAAAAAAAAAACUGGUUAUUGAUGUACUCAAAUUUGUGUAUGUAUUUUCAGCAGUUCUUGUUUCACCCUACACAGAAUAAUCAGGAACAUGUAACCAUUCAAGAGCAAAAAUAAAUAAUCCAUGUUAUCA